AUGAAGUUUAUAUUAAGGGUUGGAGUUUCGUUAAUUUUUGUAACUAAUGCUUUGUCAUUAUUUUGUCAUCAUUGCAAAACAACUGAACAAGAACAGUGUAAAAGAGCUCGAAAACUGGGAAAAGAGGAAUGUCAAGAACCAAUUCUUGAUGAUAAGAAAACGAUAAACGCAAAAGCAGUUUGUAUUAAAGUCAGGUUGAACAAAUCAGAAGGUAAGGAGAAGAAAUUGAUUUUAACAAUGAACUUAAAUUUUGGAUAUGUUUCAAGAUUUUGUGGAGAAACUGGCUAUGAUGACAGUUGUGAAUCUGUAAAGACACAUCAUCCUAACAGCGAAUGCUACAAAUGCUUCGAAGACUUCUGUAACGGUUCAUCCAAAACAUCAAUCACUACUUGGUUGAUGAUCUUUUCAAUGUUGAACCUGUCGUUAAUUCUUACAAUUAUCACAUUAAACUCUUGA